AUGUCUAUUCCACUUUUUCUAGUAGUGGUAUCUCAUCGAAAAACAAAAAAUUGUGGACGUAAGCGCAUACAAAUUGAUUUAGAGCAGUUUCGAAAGAUACCACUCCGACAAAGAACAACUGUGCGGGCUGCAACCAAUGCUAUGAAAGUUAGUCCAUCACUAAUUUAUAGCAACUUCAGGUAUGGAAAUAUCAGAAGACAUACUAAUCCACUAAAGCCUGUUCUAACAGAUGAAAACAAAAAGGCUAGAGUACAAUUUUGUUUAUCCAUGCUUGAAGAAGACAGUUUACCUCAUGAUCCAACAUUCAAGAGUAUGGAGAAUGUCAUUCACAUUGAUGAGAAGUGGUUUAACAUGACAAGGAAAAAUGAGAAAUAUUAUCUUUUUCCAAAUGAGGAGGAUCCCUACCGCACAUGCAAAAGUAAAAAUUUUGUGACAAAAGUAAUGUUUCUUGCUGCUAUAGCUCGCCCACGUUUUGAUGUUGAAGGGAAGGAAAUAUUUUCGGGAAAGAUUGGCAUAUUUCCAUUUAUCACCAAGUUACCGGCGAAAAGAAGCAGUGUCAAUAGGGUUGCAGGGACCAUGGAAACUAAAGUUAUGACUUCAGUGAAAAGAGAAACAGUAAGGUCAGUUCUUAUCAAUAAUGUGGUGCCAGCUAUUUUAGAAAAAGGGCCAAGGGAGGAUGCUAACUCUAUCAUCUAUAUUCAACAAGAUAUAUAA